AUGAAUAAUCCAUCAGAACCUACGAAUUAUGAAGAUACUCCUGCAUCAGCAGAAAAAAGACUAUAUACUGAAGGACUAUAUACUGGUGAAGGACUAUAUACUGAUGAAGGACUAUAUACUAGUGAAAGACUAUAUACUAGUGAAGGACUAUAUGCUGAUAAUGAAGUUGAUGAUUAUAAAGAAGCUGGUAAUUAUGAAGAAGUUGAUGAUUAUAAAAAAGUUGGUGAUUAUAGAGAAGUUGGUGAUUAUGUAUUAGAAUUAAGCUUAGAAGAAGAAGCAGAGAUAUUCAAGCAAAUAAAAAAGAGAAAAGGAAAAGCUACAGUAAUGGCCGCAGUUUCAUGUUCCCAAUUACGAAGGCAACCUUCUGAUUUUUUUCGUAACUGUGAGUUAAAAGCAGUAUUGGGAACAAAGAAUGUGUUUGAUCUAAUAUACUCCCAGAAACAAAAAAAAAUAAGAAUUUCUGAACAUUAUGACAAGACUAAUUCAUCUUAUUCGGUUGGUUCCGAACCUCGAAAAGCUAACAUACCAGAUGCAUCUGUUGGUCAAUCAUGUGAUGUCAUCACACGCAAGAGAGUAAUUAAGGCUAGUGAUCCUUACUUCAUAGCCCUGCUUGGAAAUGUGUGUUUGUGUAAAGGUUACUUGGACAUUACGACAACAUGGAUCAAUGAAAAGUUUGAGCUAAAUGAAGCUGUUUUGGCAGUUACUUCCCUUCAGUACCUUUAUACAGAUGAUGCAAUCGUGAAAUAUAUUAAGGACAUUCUUGAAUAUUGA